AUGGUCUUCUGUUUCUUCCUCUCAGCAGGAGCAGCGGCAGGCUCCGGUCCGAGGAGAAACGGAAGAGGUUCGGCGAACCCGCCGGCCCCGAGCUAUGGACUCCCCGCUCCUGAAGCUCUGCUGGAGCAGGUGAAGCUGCGAGAGGCAGCGGCCCGUAUGAGCGACUCAUGGGUCGCCAUUUCGGAGUCGGUGCUGGCGCGAAACGAGAGCGCUCUGGUCCGCUGGCUGGAGGAGCGGCUGAGCCGCGGAGAGGAGUCCGUCACUCUGGAGCAGUUCUGUGAGAUGCUGGAGAGCAGAGACGCGCCCAGAGAUGAGUGCGAGGAGGCCUAUGGUCAGUUUGAUGCUGAGGGUGAUGGGAUUGUUGAUGUGGAGAGCAUGCUCAUGGCACUGAAAAACUCCAAUGGAGCCAACCUGCAGGGAGAACUCAGUCAUGUGAUCAGGCAGUUUCAGGCGUGCUCUUUGACUCCAGGGUUUGUGGAUAUCUUCUCCAAGUCCAAGGACCGUCUCAAAGCACAUGCUUCCAAAAUCCUGAAAUUCUUGCACCGGAAUCGCAUCCCCAGCAGCGCAAUCCCAUUCCCUGUGCUGGAAGGCUACAACAGCAUCUGCACCAUGAGGUCAUCUGUAGUGCAGGACUUCCUGGAUUACCUGCUACAGAAGGAGAAAGAUCUAGACAUCCAGUACAGAGCUGAGCUCAAUCAUGACCCAGAUGUGGAUAAAGUGAAGGUGGUCACCCAGUGCUACAACUUCAUAGAGGCUUCGUCCAAUAGUGCAGAUAUCAACAAGAUGACCAAUGGUGAGACCGUGUCUUUCUGGCAGUCGGACGGUAGCGCUCGCUCACACUGGAUAAGGUUAAAGCUGAAGCCAGACAUAGUUUUGAGACGCCUGGCCAUUGCGGUAGCUUCUAAUGACCACAGCUACAUGCCGCAGCUGGUGUCUAUAGCUGUAGGAAAGAACCGGCGCUCCCUGCAGGAGAUCAGAGAUGUGAGGAUCCCCAGUAAUGUCACGGGUUAUGUACCGCUACUGGAUAACGGCAACAUCAGCCAUCCUUAUAUUCAGAUAAACAUUAAACGCUGCCUUAGCGAUGGCUGUGACACACGUAUUCAUGGUCUGAAGACAAUGGGCUACCAGAUUACCAAGAGUAAAGAAGUUUCAGUAUCCGAUGCCUCAGCUAUAUGGUAUCUGUCGCUCCUCACGUCUCUAGUCACCGCUUCCAUGGAAACCAACCCUGUGCUUGCGCAGACCGUCCUACAGAGCACACAGAAAGCCUUACAGCACAUGCCGCCCCUGUCCUUAACGCCGUCUUCAAUGGAGUUCCCCAGAUUCCUCUCUGCAAACAUUCUGGAAGAGGUGGACGGCUUUUUACUGCGCAUAGCAGACUGCUGUGUGUCUCCUGACGCUGAGCUGACUCUGUUAGCGUUUGCUCUGGCUCGAAGCAGUGUGGCUAAAGUCCUCAUCUCUUUGUCUGGUAUCUGUGAGCAUCCGGACUCAGAGUACAGAGCUUCCUCACUGCUGGCCUCUAUGGCGUCUGUCCGGUUAAGACUACUGUACCGUAACGGUAAACCCAUCCAGCUCCAUCUGCAAGCAUGUGAUGUAAAGAGUAAAGAGGAGAAGUCUGGCCCAGAAAACAUGCUGACGGAGCCCAACACUGGAGAUGGUUUUCUGACAGAGAAUGGAAAGAGGAAAGCCAGUGUGAUUCUGUCUACUGAAAACCAGAGCUGCUUCCAGGUCACACAGAUCAAGAUAAAAGUGCGUAAAGGAGCUAUUGGUGCUAAAUGUGGCUUGGUGUUUGCCUACAAUGACAGCGAGGCAUUUGAUGCAGAUAAACACUUCAAAAGAUUCAAAAAGUAUGACAGCUGGGACUACAAAGACUAUAAAGAAUUUGUCCAAGAUAGCACAAGGAUAGAAGAGACCAGUGAGGACGAGCCCAUUGGCUGGUUUGAGGUGGAAGAGGACUGGAACGACGUGGAGAUCAAGCUGCAACAAUGCAGAGUGUCAAAAUUUCUGAUGGUGAAGUUCCUGUGUGCUAGGCAGGACACAGCAGAGCGGUUGGGGGUUCAGCAGAUGAGUUUCAGUGGUUAUUUGUGUCCACACUCAGAGCGGCUGGAGGAUGUGGACGAUCUGAGCGCUCAGGUCGAGGGGAGCAUUUCAGGCCUGGUUACGGGUCUCGCACUCAUGAAGAAAACCCUUUAUUUCACCCAGCAGCUCACCAGAGAUAUGGAUGUGUCUCUGUCCAAGCAGAAGUCCCUGCUGGACUUCAGUGACCUCAGCAUGCUGCUGUUCUGGGACUUCUACCACAAACUCAGAUCUAUUGAGGGAGAGGAGGCCAUAAAGACAAGAGUUCUCCUGCUUCAGCUGCUCCAGAACUGCUUCCCAAUGCUGCCCAGCCUGACAGAGUCCCAGUCGUCAGACAUCACAGCCUCAGCUUCAGCUUCAGCAUCACCCUCAGCCAGCACAGACGUGGAUCCUGCAGAAGCUGUCGGAGAGCUCUACAGUCACUUGUGUCAAGUGGUGGACGGUGCUGAAGGACAGACUGCAGUGGAGAAAGCUCUGAGAAAAGAAGCUGUGAAAGCCAUCCUCAGUGGAGCUGCCAUUUUCUUCCCUGACAAACAGAGCCGGAGGGACAAACUCUUUCACAUGAUGAAAAACAUAACUGAAGAAAAUCAGCCAGAGUCUGUUAAACUGACAUUUGAGUCUCUCUGCAGUUACUUCAGCGAUCAGGACCCGAAAGGUCUCCUCUUGCUGCCCUCUAAAGGAGCCCCAUCUGACUUUGACAUCUCACCUGUCCUGACCGUCAUGGACACGCUGCUCAUUGUGGCCACUAGAGAGUGUGAGGUGUUGAUGUUGGAUUCCAGAGGAGGGUCCAUUUGGAGGGUCCUGCUGUCUCUGUUCUGGGCUUUACAGGGCAGCCUGCUGUCCUGGUGCUUCCUGCAGCUCAAAGGAGGAACGGCCACCUCUGCUGAUCUGGCCAGGGAAAUCCUGCUGAAAUAUGUGGAACAGUUCCUGUCAGGUACCAGAGACAUACUGAGUCCUCUUAUUAAGCGCUUCUCUGGAGCUGACAUCAUAGAGAAACUCAGUGGAUCAAUUCUUGCCAUGGCAACAAGACAGCUGACAAUCUUCCUGCUUGAGCUGUGCGCUCUGGAUAUUCCUCACUGUGUGCUGCUCAAGAGAUUCUAUCCUCUGGCAGACCUGCUCAAGAAGCUGUCUAGUGAUACAGAGGACAUCUUCUCUAAGGUUGAUAUGGAGGGCUGUCAGCAGACUCAGCAGCCUGUUGUAUUAAGGACGUGGCAUAUGGAGUCACCUCAUAACUAUGAGAACAGCAGACACGAGACCACCGUCUUUGUCUGUCCUGGGGCCACAUCCUUCGAGGUGGAGUUUGAUGAAGGUUGUGAAACAGAGAAAAGGUAUGACUAUCUGGAAUUCACUGAUGCUAGGGGAGGAAAAGUGCGAUAUGAUAUGAAGGUCGGCACGGAGAAAUGGCCAAAGAAAGUGACGUUUAAAGCAGGUCCCCAGCUGCAGUUUCUGUUCCACUCAGACAGCAGUAAUAACGAAUGGGGUUACAAGUUCACAGUGACAGCAUAUGGCCUGCCAGACGUCACCGUGUCCUGGACCUCAGAUCUGCAGCUCCUCGUGUCCAGGCUAAUGGGCCGUCUGGCCUCCCGCACCAUGGCUUUGAAAUCACCUUACGAGAUCCGUGGUGUAAAAGAGUUGCCUGCAGGCUUGAUGAACCAUGUCCUGUCCUGUCCUCUAUGGAAGCCUAUGUUCAGACAUGGUUUGAGUGGACUUCAUGGAGAAAAUAAAUUAGCCCUGGCCAGCCCAGACACCGACCCGGAAGAGCCAGCACCUUUGGGAGAUGAAUUGGUGGAAUUCCUUAAGGACUUUGCCUGCUGGGAUCCUUCGCAGGAUGCUUCUGAUGGCAGGACGGAGUUAAUGAGGGCCCUUUUGAUGACUUGCAAGAAGCAGCCAAUCAGGAACGAGAUUGCUGCAGGCUCAAAAGUGGACCAGGCUGUGAACGCCACCUGGGCGGCCAUGGUGUAUCACACACCAGCACUUCACCACAGUCUUAGGAGCUUUGUUGCUAAAAACGGCCAGAGCAGUCUUAGCGAGGACCUUUUGCAGGUCUAUGCCCUCACCGAUGGCAUCAGAACGUGGAUGUUGGAAAUGAAACAGCGCUACCUUAUGGGUAAAAUGAAUGGAGUAGAGGAAAAAGAAGACCGACAGAAUGAGGUUACAAUGGAGUCACUUGCUGAAAUUUGCAUCAGUAGAAGUUUGUUCCUCUUCCGAUUCAGCCCGAGUGGAGGAACCUCUGCACUUCUGGAACAAGAGCCUUCCAGACCAGAAGAUGGCGCUUGUGCUGCUCCUCUUCUUCUAUCUGUUUCCACUUCAGAGGGAGACUUCCAGCCCAGCCCCUCUGUUCCCUCCAUCUCCCAGAACCCUGAGGCAGCAGAAGCAGCGACGCCCCCAGAGGCCAGUCAGGGGGACCAGAUGUUCUCCACACCAGUGGAGGCUGGACCUUCCAGCAGCAUCAGUUCUCAGGGUGCCACGGGCUCCUCAGAAAGUCUUCAGUCUCAGACCGGAGAGCCUCUGUCCCCGUUAGUCUUCCCACGUAAAGCACCUUUCAGUCGGGGCCGCUUGAGGCUCCUUUCCUUACGAUCUAUGGAGGAGCCUCGCAUGGCACCACCUGUUAAAGAGCGCUUCCUGAUACUCAAACACAUCCUCAGCUUUAUGAAGGACAUGGUCAUUAAUGAGAGCAGUGUUCUUCAUACUCUGGCUCUGAAGAAGGCCCAGGCUCUGAGUGUUUGUGAGGUGCUGGAGCUCGUCCAGCAGUGUAUACUCACCCUGGGGAAACCGCACCUCUUCCAGGCACCCUGUAUUUUGUUUCUCCAGGAACUCUUAGCGUGUCAGAAAGAUUUCACCAAUUACUUUUCUCAGUUGGUGGGCAGCGGGCAGGAGAUGAGGGAGCUGGUCAGACACUCGUAUCAUCUGCUGGUUCUCAUGCUAGUAGAGGCCGUGCAGAGCUUCAAUGCACUGAAUGAGAAGGCCCUGCUUCCCGCCCUGUCAUGUGUGCAGACAUGUCUGCUACAUUUGCUGGAUAUGAGCUGGGAAGCAGAAGAUUUAUCACUGUUUCUGGACAUCAAACUGCCUGAUCUUCUGCUCACCAUGUCCCAAGAAAACAUCAGUGUGCAUGAUAUUGCCAUCAGCCAGUGGACGGAGGAGGAUGAGAUCAUUGACUACGAGAGGAACACGGAAUGGAUGGAUGAGUGUUUGGAUGGCAUGUUUGAGAAAUGGUUUGACAAGAUCAGCCAGGCCUCAGUGGAGGACAAGAGAAAGAUGCACAUGUUCAUUGCACGCUACUGCGACCUGCUGAAUGUGGAGAUUUCAUGUGACGGCUGCGAACGGAUCGCACCAUGGCAUCGCUACCGGUGCCUGCAGUGUACAGAUAUGGACCUGUGCAAGACCUGCUUCCUCAGUGGUGCUAAACCAGAAGGCCAUGAGGAUGACCAUGAGAUGGUGAAUAUGGAGUAUGCCUGUGACCACUGCCAGGGCCUUAUCGUGGGCAGCAGGAUUAACUGUAAUGUCUGUGAGGACUUCGAUCUCUGCUUUGGCUGUUAUAAUGCCAAAAAAUACCCAGACAGCCAUCUGCCCACCCAUCGUAUCACAGUGUACCCUAUGGUCACCAUUCGCAUCAGUGACCGCCACAGACUCAUUCAGCCCUAUAUACAUAACUACUCCUGGCUUCUUUUUGCCGCACUCGCCCUGUUCACAUCCGAGCUGAUCAGCGAGAGCGUGCAGGAUGGAGAGCCUUUGAAUGAUGUCAAGCUCGGUUACGCUAGGGCACUGCAAACCCACUGCUCUGACAUCAUCAAUGAUUGCCUGCUGAAGGGACAGACUGGGAAAGGUUUGCGAGCCUCUGCCCUGCUGUCACUGCUUUCUUCAAACGAAUCAGCCACAGAGAGUGAACUGUGUCCUGCGACUGCUGGUUCUUUUCAGGACAUCAGCAGCACAGACACCUCCUCACUUCCCAGCAGCACUACAGCUAUCUGCUCCCCACCGCUACCUACAGACAGAAAACCACAAAAGCAGGAGCCAGAUACAGAAGAGGAUGAGAAGAGAAGGAGGAAGCUUGUCUCUCAGGAUACGUCAGACUCAUCCAGUGCCAGUCAGACUCCCUCUGUGUCUAGUGAAGACACACUGUCCCCUGGAGUCAGAGUUUCAGAGUCAAGUGGAGACACUAUCACAUCUCCUAACUCAGAGAACAUGGACGCAUAUAAGGACCAGGAGGAAAAGACAGCCCGGGGGCCGCUACAGGAACAUGUGUUUGCCGAAUGCUCCAGAGAGAGAAUUCUGGGAUUGUUGGCAGCCAUGUUGCCUGCAACCAAACAGGGCAGCUCACUAUCUUUGUCCAGCCUGAGUCCCAUCCUGCCACUGCUGUUCAGAGUGGUCAUCUCGAACGCCGGUUGUCUGAAUGAAACAUACCACCUGACACUAGGCCUUCUGGGACAGCUUCUGUUAAGGAUCUCUCCUGCGGAAGCUGAUGCAGCUGUGGCAGAGGCACUGACAGACAAAUUUGAGUUACUUACGCUCGGAGAUGGAGCAGCGCUUGAUGUUCCUGGCUGGAAGACCACUCAAUUGCUCUUCAGUCUGGGAGCAGUGUGUCUAGACAGUCGUAUCGGUCUGGAUUGGGCGUGCUCUGUGGCGGACAUCUUGCGAAACCUGAAUAUUUCUUCUCAGUGGUGUGGUGUUGUGGCAGCGUUCACUGAUCACUGCAUCCAGCAGUUACCACAGCAACUCAAGAGAACCAACCUCUUCACUCUGCUGGUGCUCGUGGGAUUCCCUGAGGUGCUGUGUAUGGGGACUCAGGCUGUAUUCAUCGAUAAUGCCAACGAACAACACAACGUGAUUCUGCUCAAGCACUUCACUGAGAAGAACAGAGCUGCUGUGGUGGACGUCAAGACUCGUAAGAGGAGAACAGUGAAAGACUACCAGUUAGUCCAGGCACAUGAGAGCAGCAGCAGGAAUGAUGCAGAGUCUCAUGAGGGGCAAGCUGAGUCCCCGACCUCCGCCCACAUGAGCCGCUACCUGAAGAACUUCACCUCUAUUGUGAGUCACCUACUGCAGGUCGGGGUGGAGAGCAGCGCCCAAGAUGCUGUGGAGGCCACCUGGGUGCUCUCACUCGCUCUUAAAGGACUCUACAACACUCUCAAGAAGCAUGGGGUGGAUCAAGCCCAAGAGGCCAUCCAGGGCUCUGGCCUGAUGCAGCUUCUGGUCCGCAAGUGCAGCAAGGGCACAGGCUUCAGCAAGAUGUGGCUUUUGCGAGACCUAGAGAUCCUCUCCAUCAUGCUUUAUUCCUCAAAGCGAGAGAUCCACUCCAUGGCAGAGGACGCAGACACCGAGACCGAUGGAGAGAAGGAGAGAGAGAAAGAGCAUGACUCGGAUCACUCCAGCUGCUGCGCUGAUGAUGCCGAUCCAAACAGACCGGAUCCACUGGAAGGACUGGAUGAAGAGACAAAGAUCUGUUUCCAGAUUACCCAUGAUGCUCUUAAUGCCCCACUGCACAUCUUGAGAGCCAUGUAUGAGCUCCAGAUGAAGAGAACCGAUUCUUUCUUCCUUGAGGUGCAGAAGAGGUUUGAUGGUGACGCUAUAAAAACCGACGAGACUAUUCGUACACUGGCACAGAAGUGGCAACCAUCUAAAAGACCUCGUUCUGAGGAAAGAAGUACCAAGGCUGUAGAUACUGAUAUUAUCAUUGUGCCCUGUGUGUCUAAACCCACCCGGUGUGAUCGAGCCACAGAAGAAACAAAUGUCGUCACGCAGAAACUCAUCACCAACACAGAGAGCGACCUCCAGCUGAGUUAUGCCAAACAGCGGCGCACCAAAAGCUCAGCUCUGUUGCAUAAAGAGCUGGAUGCUCGCAGUAACAAAGCAGUGCGACAGUACCUUUUCAAAGUGAAUGAAGCCAUUGCUAUUCUGUACGCACGUCACGUGUUGGCGACGCUGCUGGCCGACUGGCCCCCUGACACUCCCAUCAGAGAGGAAGACCUGGAGCUGAGCGGAGCUUCUCACAUGGCCUACAUACUGGACAUGCUCAUGCAACUAGAGGAGAGACCGAUGUGGGAGAAGAUCUUGCAGAAGGUUCUGAGGGGCUGCAGCCAGAGCAUGCUGGGUAAUCUGUCGCUGACAGCAUGUCAGUUUAUGGAGGAGCCAGGAAUGGCUGUGCAGGUCCGUGAAUCCAAGCACUCCUACGACAACAACACUAACUUUGAGGAUAAGGUGCACAUCCCUGGAGCCAUCUUCCUGUCUGUGAAGUUCGACUCUCGCUGUCACACAGAGGAAGGGUGUGAUGAGCUCCUUAUGGCCAGCAGCAGUGACUUCCUGCAGGACCUGCAUACUUUCAGUGGUUCUCACCAGAAAUGGACCGACUUUGAGAUUCCAGGGGACACUCUCUACUACAGGUUUAUAUCAGAUAUGAGUAACACAGAAUGGGGCUACAAGUUUACUGUGACUGGUGGCCAUCGAGGGCGCUUCCAGACUGGUUUUGAGAUCCUGAAGCAGAUGCUAGCAGAUGAGCAGGCGUUGACUCACCUCCCGCUGGCUGACAUCUGGGAGUGGCAGGUGGGCGUGGCCUGUCGGCAAACAGGAAACCAGCGGCUGAAAGCCAUUCACCUGCUGCUGCGGCUCCUGCAGUGUCCGUCUCAAUGGGGUUGUGACCUUACACUUCUGCGACCGCUGUGGCAGCUCUUCACUACUAUGGAGAGUGGUUUGAUUCAGGACCCCACCAGCAUCACGGUCCUCCUUCCUCUCCAUCGCGCUCUCACUGAGCUCUUCUUCAUCGCUGAAGCCAAGGCCAUGGAGCAGGACAUUCUGCAGGAGUACCUUCUUGCUCUCACUACCAAUGAACAGCUAGUAGUGCGCACUGCACAGGCGCUGAAGAACAUCGCAGCCAUCAGCCUGGCCAUUAAUUACCCAAAUAAAUCCACUAAGCUGCUCAACCUGUCCCCGUGAAAGAGGGAUGAAAGAGAGAUCGAGAUGAGAGAAGGGAAGCUUGCCAAAGGCCCAUGGGAAUGGCCUUCUGCGCUCGACGGCUGCGGCAGGAGCGGGCCACAUAUCGUCUUCCAGAAAAACCCACCCCUGUGCUGUUUAAUCAUAAAGUGGGGGGCACGGCAAUCUCAUGUCUCUUAAUAAUCGCUAUUUCUCAUCUGGUUUAGGCGAAGAUGUUUUUUUGUUUUUUUUUCACUUUACCUCCGCUUUAACCAUGCGAGUUUAGUGGGCUAUGCCAAAUUAGUUUUUUCACCCAUAAGCACAUAAGUUUUUUCUCCAUUCCUUCGUUUUCUUUUUCGGAAAAGCCACUGUGGGCAAGACAAUCGAUCAAAGUGAAAGCAGGUCACCUUUUUCCCUGCCUCACAUACUCUCCCUGGAUUGCCUAAAAAUACGAAGCUGCUGGCGCAGUCUCAUCCUUCAAAGUGGCCCGAGACUUACGUAUACGACGAAUAUAUCGAUAUCUAUCCGAAACCGUGGGGCCUUCUCUCUGUUCACCCUCAGUGGAGCCUGAGCUGAUGUUUGUUCAGUACUAGCAGCUAGCAGUUACACUCGAAAACCACAUGCUUCUAGACAAAUGUCAGCUGAUGUUUGUGAGUAGGUAAAAAAAACAAGCUUGACGUGCCAUGUGAGUCCAGAAGUCGCUGUUUGCCUUACAAGUGCAGCUCAAAGUGAUCUGGCAACUGAUUGUGGGUCAGUUAGCAAAGUUAUAACACGUCCUAGUAAGAGGAAUGUCAGCGCUUGUCUUACAUUGUCAUGUCCCAGAUUCUCAACUCGCUUAUAAUGCUGCAUACCACCAGGAAAUAUAGAGCAUUAUGUACAGAAAUAUCACUUUAUGUUGUGCUGCAUGCAACACUGGACAACCGAUAUGUCACUAACAGUCCAUUACUGUUAGUGACAUAUCGGUUGGUGUAUUCUGUAAUAUUAUUGCAGUUGGAGACAUUCUUUUUGAUCGGUUGAUCGACACAGAAUUGUGGGUUUAGUGGAUGGUCUUAAGGUGCUGGACUUGAUAAUCAUAAUUUUCAUUGGUCUAGUGAUUGAGACUCACCAGUAUUUUAACUGUGGUGACAUUGAUACGGUUAUGGAAGUUGUGUUGCUUUAAAAUAUCUAUUUAUUAUUAUUACAGGGACAUUAUUGGGUGAAUCUCGAGUGAAGCGUUUGAUUGGCUAAUAGAAAGAUUUGUUGCCGUUUUGAAGGUCAGGUAAAGGCUGUUCUUAGUUCUAACCAAUGUUUAUCUAAAUGUCUUUUUUUUUGCCCUGUAGCCAAACAUUUCUGUUUUUUAAUGAAAUAUCGUAGUAGUAUUUUUUGUUCUUGACAGGGGUAUUCAGAUUUUUAGUUCAGUUUGAUUUCAUUUUAGUGGGAAAGGAAUUGAGACGGAUGGUUAUUUAUGCCAAAGAAUCAUUAUUGUUUGAAAGCGAAGCAUCUAACGCAAAGAAAUUCAUCUUUAUCUUCCUGAAGGAGGCUCUAAUGAUGGCGUGGUCGGUGGUGGUGUUAUAAUAGAAAAGAAGGUUGAAGUGAUCCUUUAGUCCUCACUGUUUUUGUUUACAUGAGUACUAGCAUGGAGCACUGGCUACAUUUGGUGCCGCUGCUCAGCCUCAGUUGGGGUGGGUUUCUAAAUGUCUGCCAGGAAAACUUCCCGUCACUUUAAAGCCUCAGAUAUUAACAAACGAUGUGCCUAUGUUGAAAAUGAAGCAAUCUUCAUUUAAUCUUCAUAUCAUUGUAAAGGUCCUCUCUUCAACUCUAUUUUUAAAGAAAAUUAUAUAGUUUAAUUUGGAGCAUUUCUAUCUAUUUUAUUUUUAAUGAAUGUCUUUUUUUGUUUCAGAGCUCAUGGCUUCAAUUGCUUUGAAUUUGACAUGAAUGUAUAUAGUUGUGAAUAUGGAUAAUUGCAUAAAUAAUUCAUAUGAAAAUUAUUUUUCAUGUCAGCCCCCCACGUUAAAGAAAUGUCAGAAUAGUGUACUAUAUUGUUGUAAGUUUACACUUGAUCCUUUUGAAUUGAUUUGCUAUGUCACACACACACACA